GCGGUGACCUCUCUCCUCCACUCACCAUGCUGGGGCCGCAGCUGCUGCUGCUCCUGUCCUGCGGGGGCGCCCUGCUCUGUGCCGGUCUGGACGACACCUCCUCCACCCACCCAGGCCUCCAGGGGCCGAAGAACUCCUCACAGACAGCUCCGGGCAAGGGCUGGUGCUCCACGUGGGGGGCCGGCCACUUCUCCACCUUCGACGGCCACGUGUACGACUUCGAGGGGACCUGCAACUACGUCUUCGCGGCCAUCUGCAAGGACACCUCGCCCACCUUCAGCGUCCAGCUGCGGCGAGAGCCUGGCGGCAACAUCUCCCGGGUCAUCGUGGAGCUGGGGUCCUCUGCGGUCACCGUGCAGCAGGGGGGCGUCUCCGUCAGGGACGUGGGAGCCGUCAGCCUGCCCUACACCAGCAACGGGCUGCAGAUCACCCCCUUUGGCCAGAGCGUGCGGCUGGUGGCCAAGCAGCUGGAGCUGGAGCUGGUGGUGGUGUGGGGCCCGGGUGCCCACCUCAUGGUGCUGGUGGAGGACAAGCACAGGGGCAGGAUGUGCGGGCUCUGCGGGAACUUCAACGGCAAGAAGAGCGACGAGUUUCUGAGCGAGGACGGCAAGCUCCUGGAGCCCCACAAGUUCGCGGCCCUGCAGAAGCUGGACGACCCCAACGAGAUCUGCACCCACGAGGCCGUGCCCAGCCCCCGGGUCCUGCGGGCAGAGCAUGCCCGGACCUGCGCCCAGCUGCUGACCCUGGUGGCCCCCAAGUGCCACGUGCCCACGGAGCCCUUCCUGCGGAGCUGCCAGGCAGACCUGGCCACGUGUGCCCAGCCGGGCCAGCAGGGCUGCGGCUGCGCCACGCUGUCCGAGUACUCGCGCCAGUGCAGCCUGGCCGGCCAGCCCGUCAGCCGCUGGCGGGGCCCGGGCCUCUGCUCCCUGGGCCCGUGCCCGGCCAACCAGGUGUACCAGGAGUGCGGCGAGGCCUGCGUCAAGACCUGCUCCAACCCACAGCACAGCUGCGCCGGCUUCUGCACCUUCGGCUGCUUCUGCCCGGAAGGCACGGUUUUCGAUGACGUUUCCAAAAACCUCGCCUGCGUGCCAGUCGCCCAGUGCCCCUGUGCGCUGGGCGGGGUGGCCUACGCCCCCGGGGAGGUCACUGCGGACGCCUGCCGCACCUGCCAGUGCACCAUGGGACGCUGGAAAUGCCAAGAGCGGCCCUGUCCCCGGAGCUGCGCCCUGGAGGGCGGCUCCUUUGUGACCACGUUCGACGCCAGGCCCUACCGCUUCCACGGGACGUGCACCUACAUCCUCCUCCAGAGCCCACAGCUCCCCGACGGGGGCUCCCUCAUGGCGGUGUACGACAAGUCUGGGUACUCGCACUCGGAGACCUCGCUGGUCGCGCUCAUCUACCUGUCCAGCCAGGACAAAAUCGUGAUUUCCCAAGACGAGGUGCUCACCAACAACGGAGACACCAAGUGGCUGCCGUACAAGACCGGCAACAUCACGGUGUUCAGGCAGACCUCCACCCACCUCCAGAUGGCCACCACCUUCGGGCUGGAGGUCGUGGUGCAGCUGCGGCCCGUGUUCCAGGCGUACAUCACCGUCGGGCCCCACUUCAGGGGCCAGACCAGGGGGCUCUGCGGCAACUUCAACGGGGACACGACAGACGACCUCACCAGCAGCAUGGGGGUCGCCGAGGGCACCGCCUCGCUCUUCGUGGACUCCUGGCGGGCCGGGAACUGCCCAGCCGCCCUGGAGCGUGAGACGGACCCCUGCUCCAUGAGCCAGCUCAACAAGGUGUGCGCGGAGACCCACUGCGCGGCGCUGGUGAACAAGGGGACGGUGUUCGAGAAGUGCCACGCCGUGGUGAACCCCAAGCCCUUCUACAAGCGGUGCGUGUACCAGGCCUGCAACUACGAGGAGACCCUCCCGCACGUGUGCGCCGCGCUGGGGGGCUACGCCCGGACGUGCGCCUCCCGUGGCGUCCCGCUCCGGGGCUGGAGAAGCAGCGUGGACAACUGCACCGUCCCCUGCACGGGCAACCAGACGUUCAGCUACGACAGCCGGGCCUGCGGCCGCACGUGCCUCUCGCUGUCCGACCGCGCUGCCGAGUGCCACCCCAGCGCCGUUCCCGUGGAAGGCUGCAACUGCCCGGAGGGCACCUACCUCAACCACAAGGCUGAGUGUGUGCGCAAGGCCCAGUGCCCCUGCCUCCUGGACAACCGCAAGCUCGUCCUGGCCGGCCAGUCCACCGUGGUCAACGGCGCCAUCUGCUACUGCACGAACGGGCGGCUGAGCUGCCCCGGGCAGUCACGGACGCUCCUGGCCUCCUGCUCAGCCCCCAAGACGUUCCAGUCCUGCAGCCAGUCCUCAGAGAGCAAGUUCGGGGCGGCCUGUGCCCCGACCUGCCAGAUGUUGGCCACUGGCACCCCCUGCGUGCCCACCAAGUGUGAGCCCGGCUGCGUGUGCGCCGAGGGACUCUACGAGAAUGCCAGCGGGCAGUGCGUGCCCCCCGAGGAGUGCCCGUGCGAAUUUGCGGGGGCUUCGUACCCCCGGGGUGCCGAGCUCCACACCGGCUGUAAGACCUGCACCUGCUCGAGGGGCAAGUGGACGUGCCAGGACGGUGUCCACUGCUCGUCCACCUGCACCCUCUACGGAGAGGGCCAUGUGGUCACCUUCGACGGGCAGCGCUUCGUGUUCCAGGGCAACUGCGAAUACAUCCUGGCCACGGACGGCUGCGGCAUCGACGACCCCCGGCCCACCUUCAAGGUCCUGACGGAGAACGUGGUGUGCGGGAAGUCGGGCGUCACCUGCUCCCGGGCCGUCCGCGUCUCCCUGGGGGGCCUGUCCAUUCUGCUGGCGGACAGGAACUACACGGUCAGCGGGGCCGAGCCCCACGUGCACUGGCGGGUCAAGGCGGGCUCCCUGCACCUGCAGCUGGACAUCACCAUCGGCAGCAGCUACAACCUGACCCUCAUCUGGAACAAGCACAUGACCGUCUCCAUCAAGAUCUCACGGGCCACACAGGACGCCCUGUGCGGCCUGUGCGGCAACUACAACGGGAACAUGAAGGACGACUUCGAGACGCGCGGCAGGUACGUGGCGGCCGACGAGCUGGAGUUCGUGAACUCGUGGAAGGAGAGCCCGCUGUGCGGGGACGCCAGCCUGGCGCUGGAGCCCUGCAGCGUGAACGCCUUCCGCCGCGCCUGGGCCGAGCGCAGGUGCGGCGUCAUCAACAGCCAGACCUUCGCCGCCUGCCACAGCAAGGUGUACCGCCUGCCCUACUACGAGGCCUGCGUGCGCGACGCGUGCGGCUGCGACACCGGUGGCGACUGCGAGUGCCUGUGCGACGCCGUGGCCGCCUACGCCCAGGCCUGCCUGGACAAGGGCGUGUGCGUGGACUGGAGGGCCCCCGACUUCUGCCCCAUCUACUGCGGCUUCUACAACACGCACACGCGGGUGGGCGCCGGCCAGUUCCGGUACACCCAGGAGGCCAACUGCACGUGGCACUACCAGCCGUGCCUCUGCCCCCAGCACCUGCAGAGCUUCCCAGAUGCCAACAUGGAAGGUUGCUACAACUGCUCCCAGGACGAGUACUUCGACCACAACGCGGGGACCUGCGUGCCGUGCGAGCUGCUGCCCACCAGGCCGCCGCCGCCGCCCACCACCACAGGUGACUGCACGCACACUAGACUCGCCACGCUCGACCUCCACCACCACCACGCGAGCCACAUCACCACUGACCCCCACCGCAACUCCCAGGACGACGGCCACAGGACCGACCGUGACACAGGCCACAACCCAGCCCACAGGACCGCCGCUCAGCACAGCCACACGAUCCACAGCACGGUCGACAGCGCGCACCACAGCCGGAAGGCCAACCCCAGCGACGCCAGAGACAGCCUCAGGGCCACCCAAAAGCCACGCACGCCCACCCACGGUGCCACCGGCACCCCCGCCACACACUCGGCCAGCCCCGGCACGCCCCACACUCCGUCCACCUCUGCCUCCGCGCCCCCGGGAUCCCCGUCCACCACCUCCCACUCCACAGGGCCCCCCACGGGAACCUCCUUCCGCACCACCACCUCCCUUCCCACGCCCUCUCACGCCUGGACCAUGGCGCAGUCCACCCCCGUCCCCAACUACGGCCACCGCCUCCGCACCGCGGCCUCCCCCUCCCCCCCCCCCCGCACACCGAGCACCACCGGGGCCACCCCGGCCCCUAACUCUGUCAGCACAGCCAAAACCUCCAGCUCCCUGCCGUCCGCCCCGCCUUCCGCCCCCGUCCACUCCGGGACCACCUCCACGCCACACUCCACCAGGCCACGCACGCCCACCCACGGUGCCACCGGCACCCCCGCCACACACUCGGCCAGCCCCGGCACGCCCCACACUCCGUCCACCUCCGCCUCCGCGCCCCCGGGAUCCCCGUCCACCACCUCCCACUCCACAGGGCCCCCCACGGGAACCUCCUUCCGCACCACCACCUCCCUUCCCACGCCCUCUCACGCCUGGACCACGGCGCAGUCCACCCCCGUCCCCAACUCCGCCACCGCCUCCGUCACCCCCACCUCCCACCGAGUCAUCACCCCCACCCAGCCACACAGCCACCCUCCUCACCCCUCCACGGCAGCGCCCACGGGCACCUCUGGGCCCUCCACCCCCGGCCCCGGCACAGGCACCGCGGCCUCCCCCUCCACCCCUCCACGCACACUGAGCACCACCGGGACCACCCCGGCCCCUAACUCUGUCAGCACAGCCAAAACCUCCAGCUCCCUGCCGUCGCCCCGCCUUCCGCCCCCGUCCACUCCGGGACCACCUCCACGCCACACUCCACCAGGCCACGCACGCCCACCCACGGUGCCACCGGCACCCCCGCCACACACUCGGCCAGCCCCGGCACGCACCGCGGCCUCCCCCUCCACCCCUCCACGCACACUGAGCACCACCGGGACCACCCCGGCCCCUAACUCUGUCAGCACAGCCAAAACCUCCAGCUCCCUGCCGUCCGCCCCGCCUUCCGCCCCCGUCCACUCCGGGACCACCUCCACGCCACCCUCCACCAGGCCACGCACGCCCACCCACGGUGCCACCGGCACCCCCGCCACACACUCGGCCAGCCCCGGCACGCCCCACACUCCGUCCACCUCCGCCUCCGCGCCCCCGGGAUCCCCGUCCACCACCUCCCACUCCACAGGGCCCCCCACGGGAACCUCCUUCCGCACCACCACCUCCCUUCCCACGCCCUCUCACGCCUGGACCACGGCGCAGUCCACCCCCGUCCCCAACUCCGCCACCGCCUCCGUCACCCCCCCCUCCCACCGAGUCAUCACCCCCACCCAGCCACACAGCCACCCUCCUCACCCCUCCACGGCAGCGCCCACGGGCACCUCUGGGCCCUCCACCCACGGCCCCGGCACAGGCACCGCGGCCUCCCCCUCCACCCCCCCCCCCCCACUGAGCACCACCCGGACCACCCCGGCCCCCAACUCUGUCAGCACAGCCAAAACCUCCAGCUCCCUGCCGUCCGCCCCGCCUUCCGCCCCCGUCCACUCCGGGACCACCUCCACGCCACACUCCACCAGGCCACGCACGCCCACCCACGGUGCCACCGGCACCCCCGCCACACACUCGGCCAGCCCCGGCACGCCCCACACUCCGUCCACCUCCGCCUCCGCGCCCCCGGGAUCCCCGUCCACCACCUCCCACCCCACAGGGCCCCCCACGGGAACCUCCUUCCGCACCACCACCUCCCUUCCCACGCCCUCUCACGCCUGGACCACGGCGCAGUCCACCCCCGUCCCCAACUCCGCCACCGCCUCCGUCACCCCCACCUCCCACCGACCAGAGUCCUGGGAGCACUGCCCCAGCCACAUCUCAGCAUCCACACCCCUCCGCCUCCUCCCCCAGCCACUCCGCGUCCUCAGCCCCGGUCACCCGUCGACCACACCCCCUCUGCAUGGGUCCCCCUCCCCGUCGCACAGCCCCGCCUCCAGCAGCACAGCCGUGGCGUCCACCGCCCGGAUCACCACCCGCACGCAGGCCUACUCCACUCCGUUGUCCCUGUCCUCCACCUCCCAGUCCACUUCUCUCACCUCCCACGUGCCCACGCCCAGCCUCACGCCAUCCACGCUGGGCGUGACCGUGGUCCCCAGUUCCCCUGCCACAAACCUCACCACCAGGCCUCCCAGCACCACACGACUGCUCACCACCGCCUUCCUGAGCAGCCACGUCACCGUGCACGGCGGCUCCGCCUCCCCCACCUCGGGCUCUGCCGCGUCUUCCCUUCUGCCGUCCACACCCAAGGUCUGCAGCGUGAGGGAGGAGGAGGAGGAGAUCACUUACCAGGGGUGCACAGCCAACGUGACCGUGACCCGCUGCGAGGGCGUCUGCGCCUCCUCCGCCAGCUUCAACGUGGGCACCAGUCGAGUCGGCACCCAGUGCAGCUGCUGCCACCCCCUCAGCUCCUACGAGAAACAGCUGGAGCUGCCCUGCCCAGACCCCGCGGUCCCGGGGCGGCCGCUCGUGCUCACGCUGCAGGUGUUCCGGCGCUGCGUGUGUGGCGCAGGGCGCUGCGGAGACUCGGCCCCCUGGGUGAGAGAUUGAAGCACCGCCCCCAGCCCCCAGCCCCCAGCGCCCCUCCUGCUGCACCCGGCAGCCCCUUUCCAAGCGUGGCCUCGAAGAGCCUGGGGUGCAGCCCACCCAGGCACCUGCGGGAAGAAGCUGCCGGGCGGGGGUCCUGCAGACCCCGGCCCAGCCCAACAGGCUGCAAUAAACUGCUGGCCUCCUGCCCCACAACCCACAAGGCCCUCCCAGGCCACGGCCACCCAUCGUCCACACGGCCUCCCGGCCUCGGAAGGCGCUGCCCAGCCCUGCCGGAAGAAGAUGCUGGCCCAAAGA